AUGGAAUCUUUCAUCAUCAAGACCCCCUGCUCCAGCGCAAACAUUGGCCCCGGCUUCGAUGUCAUCGGCCUUGCCCUAUCCGUCUACCUCGAGCUUCACGUCACCAUCGACAGGUCAAAGACAAAGUCCGAGCUCCCGCUCAACUGCAGGAUCACAUACGAGGGCGAGGGCGAGGAUGAGAUCAGCCUUGAUCCCGAGGUCAACCUCUUGACCCGCGUUGCGCUUUAUGUUUUGCGCUGCAACGACCAGAGGGCGUUCCCCGUCGAAACCCAUGUGCAUAUCAAGAACCCCAUUCCUCUAGGCCGCGGCCUGGGUAGCUCUGGCGCUGCUGUGGUUGCUGGUGUAGCUCUUGGCAAGGAGGUCGGAGGUCUGAAGCACCUUGACAAUGAUCGACUGUUCGAUUACUGUCUCAUGAUUGAGAGACAUCCCGACAAUGUUGGAGCUGCCCUCUACGGUGGUUUCGUCGGAACCUACCUCAAGCCCUUGACCCCUGAGGACGUAGCCCGAACAGAAAUUCCUCUCAGCGAGGUUCUCCCCGCGCCCGCCGGAGGUGAAGAUACCGGAAAGAAGCCCCCGAACCCUCCUCACGGAAUCGGUCACCAUAUCAAGUUCCCCUGGGCCAAGGAGAUCAAGGCUGUUGCUAUCAUCCCUGAUUUCCAAGUUGCUACACACGCUGCGCGAGGAGUGCUACCUGCAAACUACACCCGUCCCGAUGUUGUCUUCAACUUGCAACGAAUUGCCCUUCUUCCCGUCGCCCUAGGCCAGUCACCUCCCGACCCCGAUCUCAUCCAUCUUGCCAUGCAAGAUAAGAUCCACCAGCCCUACCGACAAACUCUGAUUCCUGGCCUUACUGAGAUUGUGGAAACUAUGUCCCCCAAGACCGACGAAGGAUUCCUUGGCGUCUGUUUGUCUGGUGCGGGUCCUACCAUCUUGGCCCUCGCAACGCACAACUUUGAGACCAUUGCGGCAAAGAUCAUCUCCAAGCUUCGAGAACACAAUGAGAAGAAGGAUCUGCCUUGCGAAUGGAAGGUGCUUGAGCCUGCCGAGGGUACUCACGUUAUUCGAUCAUGA